AUCAUGAUUAGGCCGCGAUAUCAUAAUCUGCACAGGAACAUGAGCACGCGGUGUGUUUUUUAAACCUAUCUGCACGUUUUCUGUGCGCGUUUUUUGAUGGUACAAUCCAGGAAGCAGCGUGUGCGGUGUUUUGAAGUGAGUGACCCCUCAUAGCUGCUCUGAUUUACAGACACACUUUUACACGUGUAGAGGUCCCUCUGGAUUAGUCCGCUGCAUAUUCAGCGAAUGUGCUCGUAUGUCAGUGUUUUAACCUCAGCUGCCUCAGCCUGGGCUGGUUUAGUCUUUAUCCGAGUGGCUAGCUAACCUACGUGAAAAGUCCGGUUCAGCUCCUUCUGGACUGUCUUCAUCAUCAUCAUCAUCAUCAGCAGCAGCAUCCACAGCGGUCACUGGGCUGGUAAAAGAAGCUGCUGGCUGCCUCACACGAUCCUCAGCGUUAAGACAGGCUGGCAUGUCGGAUUUAACGCUGCUGAUCGUGAGCCUCGCUGGGAUCUUCCUCACAGCGCUCCUGCUAACAGUCUCGGUUUUCGUGCUGUACUCCGGACUUCUGACGGACGUCCGCAUCAGGACCGGCUCUCCUCCUGUCAGGGGCAUCACUGUAGCUUACAAGUACAAACAGGGACCUUACAAGGAGUGCGGGACGCUGUUUGCUGAGAGCAGGUCUGUGGCACCGCAGCUGCCCACGGUGGGCAUCUUCUAUGAUGAUCCAAAGAAGGUUCCUGGUCAGCUGUGUCGCUGUGCAGUGGGCAGUAUUUUGAGUGACGGGGAUGAAAGGCCUAGUGCGGAGCUGCAGGAGCAUUAUGAGGAUUCAGGCUUUCAGAUCUUCACCUUCCCCGAAGUCACCCACGCAGUGUCCACCUCUUUCCCCCACAGAACCCGUCUGUCCAUCUUAUUGGGUGUGCAGAGGGUCUACCCACAGUUGGCCAACUACAUUAAGGAGAGGAAGCUCUGUGCUCACCCGUUCCUGGAGAUCUACAGGGGUCAGCUGAUCCACUACAUGAGCCCGCUCGCCAGGCAGGGGGAUUUCUAUGUGCCUGAGGUCCGAGAGGCUCCACGGAGACCACAAAAAGAGGAGGAGUCAGAGGAGGACAGGAGGACGGACAUCACCGGUGCAGACUCCCACAGUGAGUGCAGCUCCAUUAGCUACCUGCUGCCCUCAGACAGUCGACACCCGUCUCUUGCCCCAUCCGACACCCCGUCCACCCUGUACCGGAAGAGCUGGCGAGACCGGGACUCACCUGAGCUCAGUGGGUCAGACCAGGACAGUGGGCGGAGCUACAGAAGCUCUACUGAAUCGUCCUUUGAAGAGCUGGACCUAGAGACAGACCGGACGGCACCGGAGACUGACCAAACACCUGACGACCCAACGGAGGACAAAAUCACUCAUCAGGAGCAAGUGAAGGUGGUGGAGGGGGAGGAGUGAGAAACAUGAGAAUUGAAAAUAUUGGAAUAUGUUAGCAGCAUAUCAUAAGAUGUGCUGUAAUGUAGAGAGAUUGUCAGUUAAUAAGUCUGUGGGGUUUUAAAAAGAUGUGGGUGUUUUGGAUGUAAAGAGUAUUUUGGGAAAUUAUAAUGUUAAACUGAUACAGAUCUUACAGAUUAACUGUUUGUGUGGUUGAGUAUUAACGUGUUUGGUAACGUUUUGAUUGACAAGAGUAUUUUAAGAGGGCCGUCCUUUAUUUUGACCAAAUAUUCAGAAGAGGUUGUGCCCGGUAUCGCUCCUCCGCUUCAGGAGUUUCACCUGUAGGACUUGAAAGCAAUACUUGAAACAGUUUGAACCAGCUAGACUGGAUUCCAUCCAUCCAUCUUCCAGCACCUUCUUUAGUAUUUAUGAAUGAAGGAUCAAACAUUUCCCGUUCAGAUGAAGAUGGCUGUGUUGUUUAUGGUAUUGGUACUUUGGUAUCUUUGGUAACUGAUGCGUUACCGACAGUUAAAAAUACAGCACGGCCUGAAAGUGAUUAUUCAAGCCUCUGUAAUUUCUUCAUUCUAGAUGAUUCCGUUACAUAAAAUGUUCUAUUUUCUGACAAUGUUAUGCAACAUUUGACUUAUUCAGUUGAUUUUAGAAGAAAGUCUUUCUAAUAUAAAGCCCUUUAUUGCAGACUUGAUGUUUGUUCAUCAAAGCCAUAUAUUUUUAUAGCAAAUCCAGAUGUUUAUCAAUAGGAAAUACUGCAAUGGGAAAAGAUUUACAAGCAAUUUCAAUUUCAACUUGGAGUUAAUGUGUCAUUCUUGUUUCUUUGUUUGUUUAAAGAAAAAAUGCUAAUUCCCGCAUGUAAAUGAGACUUAAAUUGUGAUUGUGAUGAUUUUACCCCACCAGGCUCUUGACGAGUCCUAAGUGUGAUUUAAUAAAGUAUUUUUCAAGUAUUA